AUGGCUCCAUUCCCACCCAAAGUCCAGCGCUUCCCCUACGAGGCAAUCAACCCGCAUCGCCCACCCCUAAGCCAAAAGGGCCGCACAGUCAUCGUGACCGGCGGCUCAUCCGGCAUCGGCUACGCAAUCAGCCGCGCCUUUGCGCAAGCCAGCGCAGACCGGGUAAUCAUCGUGGGCCGCCGGCCGCCGGCCGUUACCAAAGCUGCUGCUUCGCUUUCUGCCGAGCUUCCGUCGUACCAGGGGACAUUCGAUGGACGAGUCUGUGACAUUUCUUCGUUGAGCAGUAUCGAGCAGCUAUGGAAGGCGCUGGGAGAGGAGGGUAUCACGGUGGAUGUUGUUGUGCUUAAUGCAGCGAGCUUCUCGGUUGAGAGGCCUGUUCUUGAGAUUGGGGUGCAGACUCUACUCGAGGAUUAUACGGUGAAUGUUCUAGCUAGUUAUCGGUUUGCGCAGCUGUUGGCGAAACAGAAACCGGGAACUAAGAAGUGCCUCAUCAACGUCUCCACGAUGGCAAUCUACAACCCUGACGCGGCAUCGACUAACCUCAACUACGGCGCCAGCAAGAACGCAGCCGCCUUGCUCCUCCAGCUCCUCACACGGAAUGUCUCGGUCGACGAGAUCCAGAUUCUGAGCUAUCACCCUGGGGCUGUUCUGACGCAGACGGCGAGGGAGCAUGGGUAUGACGAGAAUACUCUUCCUUGGACUGAUGUCAACGUCCCCGGUCAGUUCGCCGUAUGGGCUUCAUCCGACGAAGCAAAAUUCCUGCACGGCCGCUUCGUGCACUCGAACUGGGAUGUGACGGAGUUGCAGGCAGGGGCAGUGAGGGGCUUGAUUGACGAGGAUCCUGAUUUUCUCAAGAUUGGGGUGAAGGGGCUGGGAUCUAACACUCGUUCCUGGGAGGAGACCACUUGA